AUGCCUGGCAAGUCCCAGAAGAAAGGCGGCAGCGCUUCCGCCGACUCUGACCACUUCCCCUUCAACGCGAAGGACCUCAAAUUCAUCAAGUCCGUCAUGGAUAACAUGCCCGGCAAGCCUGACAGCGACUGGGGUCAGGUCGCUACCGCAAUCGGCUACAAGAACGCGAAGCAAGCCCAGGAGAAGUUCCGCGUCAUGUCCAUCAAGUACGGCUGGCAGGGCAAAGAUGCUCCCGAGAAGCCUGCCCAGCCGACCGUCGGCGAUGCCCGCUUCGUCAAGGCCGUCUUCGACGCCAUGUCGGGCCGCCCGGACGCCAACUGGGAGCAGGUCGCCGUCGACUAUGGCUGCAAGGACAAGAAGCAGGCGAUGGAGAAGUACCGCGUCAUGGCCAUCAAGUUCAACUGGCCCCGCGGCCCCGUUGCUUCCUCCACCAGGGCCAAAGGCGGCAAGGCCCAGACUGCUGGUGCAAAGGCCUCCAAGGGCAAGAAGCGCAGCUUCGAUGAGGUUGAGGACAGUGAUGGCGCCGAUACGCCUUCUGAUCAAGAGGAGGCCAAGGCUGGCGCUCAUGUCCAUUUCCAGGAGCCCGAGACCGGAGAGGAGGCUGAUGCUUCAUCCCCCAACGUCGCCGUCCGUACUCGCUUGCCCAAUGGCCGUACUCCUCUGCCGAACAAGCGUCCUCCUCUGCGGGUCGGCCGCACUCCGCUUCCGAUCAAGCGCACCCCUCGUGCUGCUGCUGCGAAGGCUGUCAACUAUGCCGACGCCGACCAAUCCGCCUCUUCUGAUGCAGAUGACGAUUUCGUCCUCGAACCCAAGGCUAGAGCCCCGCCUCACAAGCGCGCCAAACUCCAGGACGACCGGGAUGAUCUCGACGAGCGAAGCGACCUCGCUCUGCUGGAAGGUCCGCUGUUCCCCAACCUUGCCAACAACAGCAAGGGCCCUGCCGACUCUGUCGCUGGUCUUGCUGGUGGCUCGAAUGAGGACCUUGCCGAUGAUGAGCAGAGCACCGGUUCCGAGAAAGUCAUCCCCUCGGUCGAGAAGUCUGAGGACGAGUAUGAUGUGGUUUAG